GCCCAAGCCUCCUCGCGUAAGCGGCUCGGACUGGCUCCUCCAUCUGUUAGAUUCUCCCUCUUCAACGCCCAAGACCGAUCUCUGUUUGGCGCUGCCCAAGGUGCGGCUGCGGUUUAUUUUCGACAGUUUUAGCGCACAUUCCGUAGAUUAAAGGGAGAACCCGUGCCUGGCGUCAAUGAAAUGCGCAGCCGAACCAUAAAUUGUUCAGGCGAGCUCGUGUCCCCCCCCUUUUUCUUUUACAAAUUUUGUGCGCGAUAGAAUGUUCCAAGAGUUCUAAAAAAAUGCCAUGGUUUACGUUUAAGGAUUGUGCAGGCCGAACCAUCAAUGAAAUGAAAAGCGCUGCCCAACCAUAGAUUGUGCAGGCCAGCUAGUGUCUCCCCCUUUUACAUUUUUUUUUGCACGAUACAAAUGUUCCAGGAGUUUUGAAAAAAGAACGGACGUCGUAUAGAUAGUCAUGUGGACCUACCAAUUUUGAUAUCCAAAUUCCUUGCUGUUACCGGGAAACAAAAUAGAAAGAUAAAAAGCGGUGCCGUGGCAAAUAUAUCAAUGCUUCCUGGUUGUGUGCCUCUAUCUUUGGGUUCUCGACAACAAUAGUGGAUUUUAACAAGUUUUAUCAGCUUUCUAUAAUGUUUAGAGCAUCAUAUGGUUCGCAAAUCAUGAAGUGGGGCCAAAAGGUCCCUUGGACACACUCACACCACCUUCCCAAUUGCAAACAUGCUGUGGUUUAUAUUUAAAUAUCAUGUAAAGUUCCUUGCCAAGUCGAUGUAGGACACAAAAUUAUGCAAAUCUGUAAUUUUUCAGUAUCCAUGGCUUACAUUACAGCACCAGAAAAGGGACAUUCCAUUUGAGAAAUAUGCAGAUUUUUGGAACACGGUCCUGCAUUAUUCAUAUGUGAACUAAAAAGUACUGGGUUUUUUGUUAGCGAUACCAGGUGAAUUUGAUGUUGACAUUUGCAUGUUUACAUAUAUUGUGUAAACAACAUUUUUUAAUAGUUUUGUAACAGUGCAUUAUAAGUUCAUAACCACCUCUGCACUCGCAAUGGGGAUGCAGGGAACACUUAGGCACCAAAAUCACAUUCAUUCAUUUCUUUAUCUGCCUGUUGUGAUGCUGGUAGCCCAUUAUGAGUUUAUCUGUGCAGACACAAGUAAUCAAAAGGUGAAAAUAGAAUGGUGACCUGUUGCAGUUUAGAUGACACCAGAUGAUAACGCCCUUAUUACUUUAAAGAAAGGCAGCAAGCUUAUCAAGUAUAGUCGUAAGGGAAAACCCAAGAUUCGUGAGUUCAGACUUUCUAGUGACGAAACAGCAUUAGUUUGGUAUUCACACAACAAGGAAAAGUGCCUCAGAUUGUCUUCCGUGUCUAAAAUCAUACCUGGACAGAGAACUGCUGUUUUUAGGAGAUUCUUACGCCCUGAGAAGGAUUACCUAUCAUUUUCACUGAUAUACAAGAACGGCCAACGUUCCCUUGAUCUGGUUUGCAAGGAUCAAGCAGAAGUUGAAGUGUGGUUUUCAACACUUGAGACACUGAUUACUUCAUGCCGCAUAAAUUUUUCGACAGAUUGCCAAAGUGAUAGAAUAUCAUUUUCUGAUGAAGUGUCCCAGUAUCAAGAUGUGUAUGAUGCAAGACUAGAUAUUGCCUCAAGUAUUAACCGCACUUAUUACUCAGCUGGCUAUGGUGCAGCCAAUUCAUUGAAUUCUUCAAGAGCAGAUGUUAGAACAAAUCGUGCAAAUAUGCUAAGAGUAAGUACAGGAGACAGUAGUCGGAUUAGUAUUUCCAGCAGCGUCCCUAGUUCUUCCAGUCAAGGUUCUGGACCAGAUGAUAUAGAAUCCCUUGGUGAUGUUUAUGUAUGGGGUGAGGUGUGGACUGAUGUGCUCCCCCCAGAAGGAUCCUCAAACUUUUUGUGCUCCAAAACAGAUUUUUUGAUUCCUAAACCUCUUGAAUCGGAUGUUGUCUUGGACGUACAGCAGAUAUCAUGUGGUUCGAGGCACAUUGCUCUUACUACCAGACAGGGAGAAGUAUUCACUUGGGGUGAAGAACUUGGUGGGCGGCUUGGUCAUGGAACUUUCGAAGAUAUUAGUCGCCCCAAACUUGUUGAAUCCUUAGCAGUGUCCAACGUGGAAUAUAUUGCAUGUGGGGAGUUUCAUACUUGUGCUGUAACUGCCUCUGGUGAUUUGUACAAUUGGGGUGAUGGUUCUUACAAUGCCGGAUUACUAGGACAUGGCCUUGGAGCUAGCCACUGGCUUCCAAAGCGAGUGUCGGGACCUUUAGAAGGACUUCAAGUGUUAUCUGUUGCAUGUGGCUCAUGGCAUUCAGCACUUGCCAUGUCAAGUGGAAAAGUAUUCACUUUUGGUGAUGGAACAUUUGGUGCUCUUGGGCAUGGAAAUCGUGAGAGUGUUGCCUAUCCAAAGGAAGUUGAAUCUUUGAGUGGAUUCAGAACGAUGAAAGUUGCAUGUGGCGUUUGGCAUUCCGCUGCAAUUGUGGAGACCAAUACAGGCAUGAAUGUGGUAGCCAGGAAGCUAUUUACCUGGGGUGAUGGAGAUAAGAAUCGCUUAGGUCAUGGAGACAAGGAAGCUCGGCUAGUUCCCACCGUUGUUCAAGCCCUUGUUGACAAUAAUUUUCAUCAGGUAGCCUGUGGACAUACUAUGACUGUUGCACUCGCCACAUCUGGUCAUGUCUUCACAAUGGGUAGCUCUAACAAUGGUCAACUUGGGAAUCCAAAAGCCGAUGGUAAACUACCUUGCCAAGUACAAGACAAGUUGAACAGUGAAUUAGUUGAAGAGAUCUCAUGUGGCUCUUACCAUGUUGCAGUCCUGACUUCACGGAGUGAAGUAUUUACUUGGGGUAUGGGGGCCAAUGGAAGGCUGGGACAUGGUGGCAUUGAAGAUAAAAAGAAGCCAACUAUUGUGGACGCAUUAAAAGAUCGCCAUGUUAAAAGUAUAGCAUGUGGUUCAAAUUUUACGACAUGCAUUUGCAUACAUAAGUGGGUUUCAGGCGCAGAUCAGUCUGUCUGCUCAGGGUGUAGGCAACCAUUUGGUUUCACAAGAAAGAGGCACAAUUGUUACAAUUGCGGGCUUGUUCAUUGCCAUGCAUGUAGUUCAAGGAAGGUCCUGAAGGCUGCAUUGGCACCAACUCCUGGCAAGCCACAUCGUGUAUGCGAUUCAUGUUUCAUGAAACUGAAAGCUGCAGAUAGCGGCACUAGCAGUCCAUAUAACAACAAAAAGAGUGUCAUGACUCGUCGUUCUGUUGAUAUCAAAGAUAAGUCAGAGAGGCCAGACAUAAGGCCUUCAAGGCUAGCAACAGCAGCAACAGCAGAGCCAGUCAAGUAUGCAGAUGCAAAAUCAGUUAGAAGUGAGAUAAAACCUGACCCUUCGUCCAAUGCGAGGGCACCCCAAGGCCCUGCUACAGCUUUGGCAGUUCCAACUACUUUUGUAAAGCCUAUGGGAAUGGGAGGAAUGGGAGGAAUGGGAGGAAUGGGGGGGAUGGGUGGAAUGGGAGGAAUGGGAGGAAUGGGCGGAAUGGGUAUGGGUAUGGGAAUGGGAAUGAACAUGGCACCAAUGGGAAUGGGCAUGCCCAUGGUGUCACAAUCUCAUAAGAAGCCAAGUCCAUCUCCAGCAAUGUCAAGUGCCCUGUCUGUUAAAAGUGACACCAAAGAUAUCGAUAACCUGAAGAAGACUAAUGAGACGCUGAACCAAGACAUCUCAAAGUUGCAAAGUCAGGUUAAUAAGCUAAAACAGAAAUGUGAAGUCCAAGAUGAGCAACUACAGAAAUCAGAAAGAAGAGCUAAAAGCGCCGCCUCUCUAGCUGCAGAAGAAUCUACCAGACGAAAUUCCAUGCUGGACUUUAUUAGAUUUCUUGACACAGAGCUCAAGGGGAUUGUCGAUAAGGUGCCUGCUGAAUUCUCUGACAGUAUCAAAGACUUGCAAAGCCAAUCAGAGAAAUAUCUCUCCGGACAGUGUAGUCAUCCACCGGAGGCCAUUUCUGGAAAUGAACAGUCUCGCCUCCCCAUUGGCGGGAUGCAUGAAAUAACACACCACAUCAGGUCCGCUAGCAUGGGUACCUUGGAUGGCAGUUCCUUGACAAGCGAAUCUCCAUGCCAUCGAAUCAUGGAGAGCAAUGGCAGGGCUCCAGGUGACUUUGCACCAAAGUACGGCACCCAUGGUGAGGUGCAGCUGAUCGAGCAGUUUGAGCCAGGAGUUUAUGUCACACUUAUCCAGCUGAGAGACGGCACCAAAGUAUUCAAGCGUGUCCGGUUCAGCAAGAGGAGAUUCGCCGAGCAGCAGGCCGAGGAGUGGUGGAGGGAGAACCAGGAGAGGGUGUUCAGGAAAUACAACCACGCACCUACCUAGGCUCCUUGGCUCAGCAUAGUUCAUCUACGCGACACGAAUCGUGCCGUUGAUGCUCGGGAUUCCGUGUUGCCCUUUGCCAGCUGACGCUUAGUCUGAAGAUCCUGGCGACUGUUUGUUCUUUUGACGAUCAUCUUGUGUUUUUCUUCUUCGUUUGUUUGCUUGUUUUGGAGAUCUGUUUUAAUUUCCAUUCCCUUGAGCCUAUUUGCUGGGAAAGUGUGUUCAUGUUGGGAACACUUGUUUGUGGCUUCCCAGCGAGGUAAAAUAGUUUGUGUCGAAAGUUGUAAUCCUCGCGAACAAAUAUUAUUCGAGAAAGUGUAUAAAUGAAUGUAAGCCAAUAAGUCCA